AUGCUUCCAAUAGAAAAAGAAAAUUCUAGAGUUGCUACAACUAAACCAUUAGAUGAACUUUUUACUAAUGUCGGUCAAAAGUUUGAGACAGAUACCGUAAAGCAUGAAGGCUAUCGUUUUGACUACCCAUUAAGAUGGCUAAGAGACCCAUCUGUCACAAAAGCUAUUGGCUUUCGAAGAAUAAAGUUCAUUUCAGAAGCCAUACAUGGUUUCCCAUUUACGGUCGGUUUUGAAGUUCGAUACUAUAACAAAGAAAAACGUAUGUAUGAGAAAUUUGAACAGGGAAAACUUUUACAAGUUAGUUUGCUUAUAAACUUAGAAACAACUCUUCAAGCUUUUCAAGAAAAAAUAAACGAUAUCUAUAUUGAAUAUGCAAACCAGUUUAACAUUGACGAAGGAGAAUACCAUCUCGAUAUUAUUUAUGACAGGAAAAAUGCAACUGUUAAAAUCAAUAAAAUAGAAGACCUUGGAGAAAACGUAUCUCAUACCGAAAUGGCUCACCAAAAAGGUGACAUUUUUGGCGCCAAUAAUUUGAUUUUUCUGAUUCUUUCUAUUUAG